CUGGCAAAACUUAUAGAAAUUUGCACUCAAAACUUUACAUUCAUUGCAAAUCCCGCUAAAAUACGUGUUGUUUACUUCAAAAUCCGCUAAAAAGAAAUUAGCCAAUGACAGCGCGGUAUUGUGAUCACGUGUCAUUCAAAACAGUAUGGCAGUUUUUUUAUCUCAGGUGAAAGGUUGCUCCGGUUUUUUAUUGUUUUUAAUAAGAAAACAUGGAGAAUUUAGUUCAAUUUGUGCAAAAAUGUGAUCCUAAGGAAGCGCGGAAGAAACUACGCGACAUUCCUUCAUGGAAACGCACUUAGGAAACUCGAAAACUAUAAUAAUGCUAAUAACUUCAGUGCCGGCCAUCCAAAGCAUCAUAGUGACGGAUCCUCCCCCAGUAGCCGACUAUAAAUAUUCCUACAACGUGGAGGAUCCCUCCACUGGGGAUUCGAAGAGUCAGCAUGAAAUCAGAUAUGGCGAUACUGUUAGUGGCGCUUACUCUGUGGUCGACCCCGACGGCACUAAACGGACUGUGGAGUACUCCGCCGACCCCAAACAUGGCUUCAAAGCUACCAUCAGACAAGAACCCGUCAAAAAUAGCAUACCAGAACUUUCGCCAUCUCAGUACGUGACAAAUGACAGAUAUAUAAAUUACAGGUAUGAAUCUUUACUGGCAAAACAAGAACACAUUAGUGAUAAGCCAGUAAUGGAAUCUAUAAUUAACCAUAUAUCAUACUCGAACGCAAAAGAAGGAUAUGGUCAGCAAGUGUACUUCACUCCGGAAAAUGAGGCACCACAGGAAUCGUUCAGUCGUGGAUACUAUUUUAUUCCGGCUCAUAAUAAGUGA